AUGUAUCACUUCCUACUUAUUUCAUUGUUGCUAAUAACUGCUAACGUUAAUGCGAAACCACUCGAACAACAAAAUCAAGAUGGCGAUGAACACAAAGUUACGCGACUCCGUCAAGACUUCAAACUUGUCGCCUACGUGGAGAAUUUCAAAAACAUAAUGGCAGAAUACGUCAGUUCAGAAUACAGACACCUUACAAUCAACGAAGUUGAGAGAGUCAAAGCAACGCUUGAACAGUUCUUGCAUAAUUUCGCGAAAGAUUUGAAAGAAAUCCUGGAUCACCCUGAGGACAGCCACAAAUUUGUUGAAGGCCGACGCCAAGUCGAUGAUGGUAUUUCGGACGCUACGUUUGAAGAAAUAAAACAAAGAGUGAUGCAUGAGUUCCCUGAUAUUGAUGAAGAAAUGGCAAAUGAAAUCGUUUAUAGGUUGAGGAAGAAUUUGUUGUGGACGCGGGAGAAGUUAGAUCAUAUUAUCGAAGAGUCUAGAAGAGCUAAAGCAGCAAAUUCUUAA